GCAUUUAUAUCUUCCUUGAGUUGAAAGGCAAAGGAUUUAUAAAUAUGGUGCAAAGGAAGUGUGUGAUAAAAUUAGAAAUGUUAAGGUAUAGCUAGUGUUACAUGUGAUCAUAUCCAUCAGCACCAAAUGGAGACCAAUUUGGGGUUAGUUGCAGGUUCUCACAACAGCAAUGAAUUCAUUAUCAUACGUCAAGAUGGAGACUUUGCUCAGAGAGAGUUCCAAGAGUUACAUUGUCAAAUAUGUCAACUAUGUGGAGAUGACAUAGAAGUUAAUGCAGAUGGUGAUCUCUUUGUGGCCUGCAAUGAGUGUGGCUUUCCUGUUUGUAGAAACUGUUAUGAGUAUGAACGCAGGGAAGGGAGUAAAAUCUGUCCACAAUGCAAAACCAGAUUUAAGCGUCUCAAGGGGUGUGCUAGAGUUGAUGGGGAUGAAGAGGAGGAUGGCAUUGAUGACUUGGAGAAUGAAUUCAAUUUUGAAGGACCAAAUAAACUAGAUAUGAAGAUCUCCAUGCCGCCUGAGGAUGACGAAAUAUCUGAAGAUCAUCAUGCUAUAGUUCCUUCUAGUUCAAGCAUGGGCAAGGACAUAAUUACACUGCAAGCAAGACCUAUGGAUCCUUCUAAGGACCUGGCUGCUUAUGGCUAUGGAAGUAUUGCUUGGAAAGAGAGGAUGGAGAUAUGGAAGCAAAGACAGGGUAAACUCGGUAAUAUGAGAAAAGAAAAAGAAAAUGAAGACAUGGACAAGGUCAUUGAUGAUGAAAUAAUUGAAUUUCCUCUAAUGGAUGAAGCAAGACAACCACUGUCAAGAAAGUUGCCUAUUCCAUCCAGUCAAAUUAACCCUUACCGUUUGAUCAUAAUAAUUAGACUCGUUGUUCUUGGGUUCUUCUUCCACUACAGAAUUAAGCACCCAGUAGACAAUGCCUAUGCUUUGUGGUUUGUGUCAGUAAUAUGUGAGAUGUGGUUCACCCUUUCAUGGAUUCUAGACCAGCUCCCCAAGUGGCUUCCUGUCACAAGGGAAACCUACCUGGACAGGCUUUCCUUGAGGUAUGAAAAGGAAGGCCAACCUUCACAACUUUCUCCAAUUGAUAUAUUUGUGACUAGUGUUGAUCCACUAAAAGAACCUCCUCUAGUGACAGCAAACACAGUUCUUUCAAUUCUAGCUGUAGAUUAUCCUGCUGAAAAGGUUUCAUGUUAUGUAUCUGAUGAUGGAGCAGCAAUAUUAACAUUUGAGGCUUUAUCUGAAACUUCUGAAUUUGCAAGGAAAUGGGUUCCUUUCUGUAAGAAGUUCAGCAUUGAGCCAAGGGCUCCUGAAUGGUACUUUGCUGAGAAAAUUAACUAUCUAACAGAUAAGGUGCAACCAUCAUUUGUGAAAGAGAGAAGAGCAAUGAAGAGAGAAUAUGAAGAGUUCAGAGUUCGAAUUAAUUCUCUGGUUGCAAAGGCUAGGAAAGUUCCAGAAGAAGGGUGGACAAUGCAAGAUGGAACACCAUGGCCUGGAGACAAUGUUCGUGAUCAUCCAGGAAUGAUACAGGUUUUUUUAGGAGAAAGUGGGGGGUGUGACAUGGAUGGAAAUGAAUUGCCACGCCUGGUAUAUGUUUCUAGAGAAAUGAGGCCUAAAUUCAAUCACCAAACAAAGGCAGGAGCACUCAAUGCAUUGGUCAGAGUGUCAGCUGUGCUUUCCAACUCACCUUUUUUGUUGAACUUGGAUUAUGACAAUUACAUCAACAAUAGCAAGGCAAUAAGAGAAGCAAUGUGUUUCAUGAUGGAUCCAUUAUUAGGAAAAAAGGUCUGCUAUGUUCAGUUUUCUCAGAGAUUUGAUGGCACUGACAGCAAUGAUCAACAUGCAUAUCAAACAAGUACAUUUUUUGAUAUUAACAUGAAAGGUUUGGAUGGUAUCCAAGGACCUACAUUUGUUGGGAUAGGGUGUGUGUUCAGAAGGCAAGCACUUUAUGGUUUUGAUGCUCCAAGAAAAAAGAAGCCUCCAACCAAGACAUGCAAUUGCUGGUCCAAGUGUUGUUGUGGAUGGUGUUGUAUGGGAAAGAGGAAGAAGAAGUUGAAAAAAUCUAAGGUAGAGACAAUGGAGACCAGUCACAGAAAAGUACAUUCUGAAGCAUCACUAGCUGAAAAGUCUAUUGAACUUAGCACUAAAGGCCUUGAAGAUGAAACUUUGGCUCCAAUCUCAAAUCAGAAGUUUGUCAGAAAAUUUGGACAGUCUCCUAUUUUCAUUGCAUCCACUCAAUUGGUGGAUUGUGAUGAUGGGACACUAAAACAUGGAAGCCUUGCUUCUCAACUUACUGAAGCCAUACAUGUCAUUAGCUAUGGCUAUGAAGCAAAAACAGAAUGGGGAAAAGAGGUGGGGUGGAUCUAUGGUUCGGUUACAGAAAAUACUUUGACAGGCUUCAAAAUGCAUUGCCAUGGAUGGAGAUCUAUAUUUUGCAUUCCUGGAAGACCUGCAUUUAAAGUAUCUUCCCCGGGAAACCUUUCUAAUGGUCUGCAACAAGUCUUUCAAUGGGCCCUUGGAUCCAUUGAAAUAUUCAUGAGUAAACAUUGCCCUCUUUGGCAUGGAUACAGAGGAGGACUAAAGUGGUUAGGGCGCAUUUCUUACAUAAAUGCUACAGUAUAUCCAUUGACAUCAAUUCCUUUGGUGGCAUAUUGUACCCUUCCUGCAGUUUGCUUGCUUACUGAGAAGUUUAUUGUUCCUGAGCUAAGUAAAGCAGGUGGCAUGUGGUUUGUGUCUCUUUUCAUGUGCAUUUUCGCAACGAGUAUGCUAGAGAUGCGAUGGAGUGGAGCUACUGUUGGGGAAUGGUGGAGAAAUGAGCAGUUUUGGGUGAUUGGAGGGGUAUCAGCACAUUUAUAUGCUGUGUUUGCAGGGCUGUUCAAAUCCUUGACAGGAGUAAAUAUAAACUUCAUUGUGACACCAAAAGUAGAUGAUGACAAGGAGCAUUCUGAGAUGUUUGCUUUGAAGUUUACCACUUUGCUAAUCAUACCAACAACAUUGCUGAUACUAAACAUAAUUGCUGUAGUUGCUGGAGUCUCUCAUGCAAUAAAUAAUGGCAUUGCAUCAUGGGGGCCUCUACUUGGGAAACUCUUGUUUUCCCUUUUGGUGAUUCUUCAUUUGUAUCCAUUUCUCAAAGGAAUGACAGGUAGGCAUAACAGGACUCCCACUAUUGUUCUUGUUUGGUCAAUCUUACUUGCCUCUUUCUUCUCAGUCUUGUGGGUGAGAAUUGAUCCAUUCACCCCCAAGUCAGAGGGUCCAAUUCUGGAGGAAUGCGGAUUGGACUGCAAAUAGUUACAAAGUUUGACAAACCAAAGUGGCUUACAUGCAUGGAUGAUAAUUAAUAGUGAUAGAGAAAACUAGCAUUUGUUUGGUUGUGGGCUAUAGUGAAGAUUGUUUGGCUUGUUGCCCCCUUUUAACUUAUACUAGUUUUUUCUGCUUUAGUCAUAUCCUGAUUUCUAAUGGGUCCUAAUGUGAGUUAGAAGAACAUUUUGUACACAAGUCAGGUGCUUACAUGGUUUUUCUUUUCUAUAAAAGAGGGCACGAUGUAGAAUUUACAGAA